CGAUGGACGGGCGGUUGCUGCUGCUGCUGCUGUUGGGGGGGGCCCUGUGCGCUCCCCGCUCCUGCCCCGGAGCCCCCGACCCCGGCCCGGCCCCGGCCGCCACCGUCCCACCGGGGCCGCCGCUUCCCGCCGCCGUCCUGGACGCGAUGCUCCGGUCGCUGCAGCGGCCCGGCCGCAACCUGGGACCCCCCGUCCAGCCGCAGAGGGUGGGGGCCCAGCCCCAGCUCAGCCCCCGCAGUUGGGACCCUCCGGCCGCCCCCUUCUGGACCAUGGCGACUCCGCAGCGCUUCGGCCGCCGCCGCUGAGCCUCCGUCCGCCUGUGCCGAGCCCGUCCGUGAGUCUGUCCCAGUGUCCGUCCUCCCGGGGGUCCUUCGUUCAUCCCCCAAUAAACUGGUGCCAGUCCGUGAA